GCACGCGGACGGCCGCCAGUUGGCUAACGAACGACAUCGACUCGACACGGGAAGCUUCGCGGUCCGCGCCCUCCCCCUUACCUACCACCCCUACCCCGAAGACACACACGAUCUGACGGGGACGACUAUCGAGACAAUUCGGUGGUCACGAAGAAAAUAAGCUGGUUGAAAGUCACCCAGCUUCGCGUCUCUCUGCUCGCUCGUUACUUCUUUGUCUUUUUUUUUUUUUCCCUUUUCUUUUCUUGCUGUUCGGCGCGUACGUAAUUCCUUUUAGCUCCGUCGGCUAACUGAGCUCGCCGGAAAAGAGAAGGCCCGGGGCGUCGCGUUGUGUGUGUGUGUGUGUGUGUGUGUGUGUGUGUGCGUGCGUGUGAGACACUUGCGUCGGUUUAUUCGGAGCGAGGCCCCGGCAGCGUCUUGACAUAUCACGGCCGGCCUUCAUCGCUCGGAUCGGCUCCCAGCAGCAGCAGCAGCCCGACGGAAGGAUGGCUUUGAAACGGAUUAACAAGGAGCUUCACGACCUGGCUCGCGACCCACCAGCGCAGUGCUCCGCCGGCCCCGUUGGUGAUGACAUGUUUCACUGGCAAGCCACAAUCAUGGGCCCUAGUGACAGUCCAUAUCAGGGAGGUGUUUUCUUCUUGACUAUUCAUUUUCCAACAGACUAUCCCUUCAAACCACCCAAGGUUGCGUUCACGACGAGAAUCUACCACCCAAAUAUUAACAGUAACGGCAGUAUCUGUCUGGACAUUCUCAGAUCACAGUGGUCUCCAGCACUUACCAUUUCUAAAGUUCUUCUCUCCAUUUGCUCGCUGCUAUGCGACCCCAACCCCGACGACCCGCUAGUGCCAGAGAUUGCACGAAUCUACAAAACAGAUAACUCCAAGUACAAUAAGCUAGCUCAGGAGUGGACAGCCAAGUAUGCUAUGCUUUAAAACGAAACCAAAAAAAAAGUGGGGGGUACACCAAAAUGGCGAAAGAAUGGACACAAAAAUAUGCAAUGUGAUGGAGGGAAAAAAAUUGUCUUGUGGGGGGUUUGGUGCAUUUUUUUUUUUGGUUCAGACUGAAAAAAAAGUUUUUUUUCACUCAUAUUUUUUUGUUUCAUGCAGAGCAUUUUAAACCCCUCCUUCUCGUUUAUUUGUUUUUUUCUCCUUCACCCGUGCACUAAUAAGAGUUUUUCUCUCAGGGCACGUGGUGACAGUUUUCCCAGGAAUUCUUUUUUUUUUUUUUUUUUUCCUCCAUUGUUGCAAACGCACACAAAACAGUUUGAGCAUGCACCAUUAGCCAUCACACACACAGAUUAAUUUGGCAAAAAAAAGCAAACAAAAGAACUACCUGAAAACCUGGCUUCCCGUGACCCGAAAGCUGCGUCUGUCAUUAGCAUAGGAAGCAGUUAGCCGCGGAAAAAAAGCGUGUACAGAAGAAGCACUGCAGUUCGGAGAUCAAAAUAUUAAGUACCUCAAUGUUGUAUUUUAUGCAUGUUAAUACAAAAAUAAUGGUAGGCUACUAUAUCCUAUACACGGAAGAAUUUGGUUGCCCCCCUCCGAGGCGUUGGAUGACUUUUUUUUUUUUUUUUUUUUCUUCCCCCUCUCUCUCUCCCCCCGAUCUCUAGAAGCCAGUUAGAUGAGCGUUUGGCUUGCGCCCCACACACAAACUGUUUUCUUGUAGCCCCCCACAAACUAUGUAUAAUGUUACGCCCACGGUUGAUCAUCAACUCGUGGCUCUGUUUUUAGUUUCCCCUUCAAUAAAGUUCAACCAUAAAUGUG